AUGUCUAAACCAUCACAUCCAUCGCUUGCUUGGCCUAGGUCAGAUGGUGAUCCUUCAAGAUGGCCAGAUACCACUCAUCGUCCAGGUGAUGAUUCAUGGCAUGAAGAAGCACCUGUAAGGGGAACUAAGAUAGAUUUAUAUGAAACUAAGAUAGCUGAACAAUUGGCUGUUGAAUUGAGGUUGAAAGUGGAUCCUACGAGACAGAGAAUUCCCAUGCCAGAUGGAUAUAAAUUGUUCGCUCAUAAAAAGAAACAACCCGGAGGUGAUAUCAGGACGGAUUAUUAUCUCUAUGGCUCGCCUGAUAUUCUCAAAUUUCGAAGUGUACCGGAAUUCGCAGAUCACGCAAUAUGGUUAUUCGAUACUUCCAAACCAUUAGAUGACCAUUCAACCUGCACAUGUAAAUAUAGUAAAGGAGCAGGAAGAAGACAAUCUAUGCCUGGUUCAGCCACCAAAAGACCAUCAGGAAGUUCACCAUUGAAGGAAGGAACUUUAAAGAAGAAGAGGGUGGUACAGGAGGAUGAAGAUUCCUUACCCGCUGUAGUUCCUGACCGAGCAGAAGAGUUGAGGUCACAACGACGAUUCCGUGAACUCAUUUGGUUCAGAAUAAAUACCAUCACCCCACCUUUAUCAAUCGCUGGUCUUGAACCCAUAACACAUUGGCCAGGUUUGAUCUCUAAUGUUCCAUUGAAAACUAGAGUGAUAGGUGAUACAGCUUCUGCAUCAGCGUCAUCAGCUUGGACGCUUUUUGGUGGCAGUGCACCUUCAACUUUGGAUGCAAGUACAAUAGUUCAUUACUAUGAAUAUCAUAUACGCCCACUGGGCAUGUUCAGUCCUCAAGAAGAAGUGAUAAAAGACGGUAAAGAUAUAUUACCUUGGCAAGUCGGAAAUGAACUGCUAGGCGGUGAAAGAGGUUGGGACAGUAUAGGAAAUCACGCCGAGAAAGUACUGAAAGAAGGCGUUCAAAAAGAAGCUGUUAAAGAGAAAGGUAAACCUAAAGAUGAGAUAGAAGCUACUUUGGGUAGAGGUUGGAAAGGUCAUUGGGCUAAAAGAAUAAAGUUUGUUGAGAUGAGUAGAGAAUAUGAGGACGCCGUUUUUAGAUUGAGUGUAGCGUUGAAGACUGCUUCGAGCAUCACCAAUUCAUGGGCUCAGACAGACAAGAUUGACGUGUUACCUGACAACCAAGAUAUCAGCGCGGAUGAUAUGGCUGCUAUUUUAGAUCAGAAGAAGACAUUGUAUCAAAAAAAUCGAAAGGAUCUUCCCUCGAGCGCUUUGUUAUCGCCAACAGAAGGAGCUACUGAGCGAGGAGUCUUCUUCAAAAUUAGGGUUAUCGCGGUGGAAGUCAACCCAGGAUCUGCUAAGCCUGACCAAACUGCCUGGCGAUGUCUUUUGUACGGAGACAUAUUUGAGCUUGCCAAAGAAGGGGAUGCUACGCAAUUACCAACACCUAAUUCCGCAAUCGAUUCUUCAAAGGAUUCUUUGAAUGUCCACUAUCAAUCCGCCAAAGGCUUCGUAUACAGACAACUGAACGAGACCGAUAGUGAGGUCACCGUUGAUGUGAUUGACGUUGCCGGAAGAGUUUAUCACGACCUGCUUGAUGGAGCUACUCAAAGUUGGUUUAUAGAUCCCUCCAAACCUUCAGACAAAGAAGGUAGGAUACAACCUGGAGAAAGUGCUUUAGCUUUAGUAGGUUUGAAAAGUGGUACUACAGUCGCAAGUAAGAGUACCGAUUGGGAAGAGGAUCUAUAUGGGAUCGUACAGAAAACAACCAAAACGACAGAAACUCAAAUGAAAGGAUAUUACACAGAUCUGCUCAGAGAAGAACUGGGUUUACCCAAAUUGAAUGGUGUGGAUGGCCAAGUCGAUGCUCUGGCCGGAUCUUCAUAA